AUGGCCCUCGACGGAGUGGCGCCGAAAAAGCUCAGCCUCAACCUCCAGCCGCCCGCACCGUUCGACUUUGUGAGCCCGGGAACCUGGCCAACAUGGCUCAGCCGCUACGAGGACUACGCCGUCGUUUCCGGCCUGACUCAAGCAUCCGGCGACAUGCACGUACGCUCGUUGUUGUACUGCAUGGGGCUGGAGGCCCGCCUACUUCUGGAGACGUUCUCGCUCGACACCGCAUCACUCGCCUCAUUUCAAGCGGUUGCCGCCAGCUUCACCGACCACUUCGUGCAUCCGGCGAAUGAACACUACGAGUCGUCGCGUUUUCACCGGCGUGUUCAGUUACCCGGCGAGAGCGUCGACGCCUACUACGCCGAACUGUGUAGAAUGGUGAAGCGGUGCAACUAUCCGUCAGCUGAGUUCAAGGUCGAUUCCGGAGCCGAGGUGUCCGCCGUUCCGAGCGACUUCCCUGAAUUGCCGGCCAAGCUCGACCCCGUCAACAGCCUGCUCACCGGACCUGGCGGUCAGCCGCUGCGCGUGCUAGGUUCAUACAUGGCGAGACUUCGGUGGCACGGGAAAAUGAGCUCUCAGCGCUUUUACGUGAUCCAGUCUCUCACCGUACCUCUUCUUGGACUGCCGGCGCUUCAAGCUCUGGAAGUUGUAAAGUUUCUCGACGAACUUCAGACUCCGAAAGAAACAUUGCGUGCUGAGCUCUUCCAGGGAUUGGGCACCCUCAAGGACGAGUACACUAUCCUUCUGAGACCUGGCGCCGUACCCUUCUCCCUAAGUGUGCCUCGCAGGAUUCCCAUCCCGCUACGCGAGGUCGUCCGUCACGAGCUUGACAAACUGGAGGAAGGAGGCAUGAUCCGCAGGGUCGACAACCCAACCCCGUGGUGCUCUGGUCUCGUUGUAGUACGGAAAGCCGAUGGUUCCUACCAGCUGUGCGUUGACUUGACUCAGCUGAACGAGGUCGUCCUUCGCGAUCGCCACAUCCUACCAACUGUAGAGCAAGUCAUUGGCCUCCUUGGCGACGCAACAGUUUUCUCCAAGCUGGAUGCAACAGCCAGUUUUCAUCAGGUUAAACUAUCUGCCGACUCCCAAGAGCUCACAACGUUCAUCACCCCAUUUGGCCGAUACUGCUUUUGCCGGCUCCCCUUUGGCAUCACCUCCGCGCCGGAGUACUUCCAAAAACAGAUGGCCAGAAUCCUGGAGGGCCAGGAAGGAGUCGCCAUUAUGAUAGACGACAUUCUGGUCUUUGGGCGCACCCGCGAGGAGCACGAUGCCAGACUGAGCCAGGUGCUGUCUCGCCUUGCAAAAGCAGGCAUCACGUUGAACCAAGACAAGUGUCGUUUUGGUGUCUCCGAAGUCUCCUUCCUAGGAGUCAUCGUUUCAGCACAAGGCAUCAGGCCAAGUCCAGACAAGGUCGAAGCAAUCAAAGCCAUGGAGGCUCCAACAGACAUCGCAGGUGUCCGGCGACUGCUCGGAAUGGUGAACCAUCUUGCCCGGUUUUUGCCUUGCAUCUCAGGUCACAGCUCCCAUCAGAGCACUUCUAAACAAGUCUGCGACUUGGGUGUGGCAGCAUGA